CAGCACACCUUAUUACUACCCGUAACGUCCUACCGAGCGGUUGUGUUUGGCUCUGUCAGGGUUUGGCGCUUUCUGUGUUUGUGUGUGCGUGUGUGUGGUUGUGUUUCAAACUGCAACGGAUACGGAAACGUGUUGUGCAGGUUUAUCGUUAUCGUCGACGCGGACGCACCAAUCAGCCCAGUCAUCGUACACACGCAGGUGUUGGUGUGUGUAGACCUGCAAUCAGUCCCAGCCUCGAGCCAUCAACAAUUUCCGGCCGUCCGGCGACUCUCUGCCGGCUGAAGCGAGGAACCGCGCGGCGAGCCGUCUUGCGAUCGGAGCUGGCCCGCUGCUAACUUUCACCCGACCAAAUUGGGCCAUUUAAUCCCGUACGACCGUAUCAACACGCAGGCCACCGGGCGUGCCGUGCGUGACAGUAUUUUCCCAAGCCCCAGGCCCCAGGGAGAGCUGUUGCCGGGCGAGUGUAGGAGGGUGCGAGCGAACCCCGAUCAAGAUCACGCGGGAAUAGGAAGGAACUGUGUGUACGUGCUUGUGCGAGUGUGUGUGUGUGUGUGUGCAUGUGUGUGUAAAGAAGGAAAUCGACAACGUGCUGUGUCAAAAAUAGAAACCCCCGUGCCAACCCGUUGGUGUUGUUUUUUUGACAAAACCGCGAUUCUGUCAACCGGCUUCCCGCCAGCGUGAGAGUUUGAAGAGUGCAUCGCUCCACCCCGCCAACAGCAAGCAGGAACAAUGAUGGCCGAAACGGUAGUGACGGUGGAGACACCGAACCGCACGGCCGCCAGCCCGGCCGCCACGCCGGCCCCGGGCCAGCCGCAGGCCAAACCGGAGUCCAACCUUAACUGGCUCAAGUUCAACACGCAGUACUUCAUCACCAUCCCGGGCAUCCUGAAGAUCGUACAGGUGGUUUUCGGCAUCAUCUGUAUGGCGUGCGCGUCCCCCGCCCUGAUCGGUGGCACCCACUUCUUCCUGUUCGUGGUCGUCACCUUCUUCAUCGCGACGCUGCUCUGGACGUUCGUGUACCUGCUCGGCAUCCGCGAGGUCCUCAACCUGCCCAUCAACUGGAUACUGACGGAGUUGAUCAACACGGGCAUUGCCACCCUGCUCUACUUCAUCGCGUUCAUCGUGCAGCUGGCGUCCUGGUCGAAUCUGUACGGGCACGGCCGUGGCUCCAACAUUGCCGCUGGCGUGUUUGGUUUGUUCAACUUCCUGGCGUACACGGCCGGCACGUACUUCCUGUACGUGGAGCACCGAUCGGCCGGCGUGUAAAUGUAGGGACCCGCUCCCCUGCGGGUGGAUGACACCUGCUUUUGCUGGCUAACAACUCCCGAGUUAACAUCCGUCCCAGAAAAGAAGAGGCCACGGGAUUAUGGUACAUACAGUGAGACCUACAGUCACAGGCCCGGGGGACACUUGAUGAAUAAUGGCAGCAGCAUCAGCAGGCAGCCAGCAAAAGCCAGCAAAACCCCGAAAGCGCCCAAUUGGGGAAGUCGACCCAGUCACGCAAAACCCGUUAGGCGCUACUAUACAUACAUAGUUUGUAGGAUUAUUAUUAUAUAUAGAAGCAUAUAUAUAUAUAUAUUUACGAUUC